AUGUUCCUUGUACUUGCGUUUGUUCUCAGUCUUCUCAAGCUGGUAUCAGGCCAGUGGGAAGUGAAUGGACCAGCCAAGCCUGUCCAGGCCAUGGUGGGAGAUGAUGCAAUAUUCUCCUGCUUUCUUUCUCCUGAGACAAGUGCAGAAACCAUGGAAGUGCGGUUCUUCAAGAGUCUGUUUUCUCAUGUGGUCCAUAACUACAAGGAUGGGGAAGAGCAGAAUUAUAUGCAGAAGCAAGACUAUAGGGGUAGAACUGAGUUCAUGAAGGACUCCAUUACUACAGGGCGUGUCUUUCUGAAGCUUAAAAACAUCACUUCCUCAGAUGCUGGCACGUAUGGGUGCUGGUUUGCUUCACAGACUUAUUACAAUGAGGCCAUCUGGGAGCUGCGGGUAUCAGGUUGGGGCUCAACUCCUCUUGUUUCUCUCACGGGAUAUGUUGAUGGAGGAAUCCAGCUCCGCUGCCAGUCUUCAGGCUGGUUCCCCCAGCCAAUAGUGAAGUGGAAAGACCCACAGGGACAGGAUUUGUCCUCAGACACAAGAAUGAAUUUAGAUAGUCAUGGCAUGUUUGAUGUGGAGACUUCCUUUGUGGUAAAAGAAAAUGCUAGAAACAUAUCAUGUUCCAUUCAGUAUGCGGACCAGAGUCGAGGGGUGCAGUCCAGGCUAUGGAUAGGUGAGACAUUUUUCCAGCCUUCACCUUGGCGUCUGGCUUCCAUUUUACUGGGAUUACUCUUUUGUAGUCUAUUCAUUGGUGCUGUUGGGUAUUGGAUUUUCAUCAUCAAAUCCCAGAGUAAGUAUCAGAGAAAAACAUUAAAUUGUGACAGAAGAAGGACCCAAAAACAAGCAGAAUGGAGAGAUGCCCGGAAACACACAGCGAUGGUUACUCUGGAUCCAGACACAGCUCAUCCCCAGCUCAUCAUUUCUAAUCUGAAAUCUGUAACUCAUAGAGAAGUUCCCCAGGAAGUUCCUUCUUCCAAGAAGAGAUUUAAGAAGAGACAGUGUGUGGUGGCUUCUCAGGGCUUUUCUGCAGGGAAGCAUUACUGGGAAGUGGAUGUGGGAUUCAAAAAAAGAUGGUGUUUGGGAGUGUGUCAGGAUAAUGUGGACAGGCAGGACAAAGACGGAAUUUUAUCUCCUCAGUAUGGGUACUGGAUCAUUGGACAGAGCAAAGCAGAUGGGUAUUUCACAUUCAAUCCAAAGAGAAUCUGUUUAUCUCUAAAGACCAACCCUACACGAGUGGGGAUCUUCCUAGAUUAUGAGGGUGGGGAUAUUUCCUUCUUCAGUAUAAAUGACCAAUGUCACAUUUAUACCCUGGAGCAUCAGUUUGAAGGCUUAUUGAGGCCCUUCAUUGAGCCUUGGUCAUAUUCUGAGGAAAAUCAGAUGCCCAUAGUCAUCAUUUAG